ACUUGUUAAUAUGCGGCUGGAAUUGUCAGUCGCUAGCGGGUGGAGAAACUAGCUGCAAAACAAAACCGACACGCUGGUCUGUUUCAUCCACUAUCGGGUUUGUUUACAUAGUGACGUCACAGAAGGUUUGAGCACGUGGGGUGUGUCGAGGCAGAGAGGAAGGUGUUGGAGGUGACGCGGGACAAAUAGCAACUCUGGCACCCCAAAAAAGGAUGCUGGGUGUGGUGUGGGUGACGGUGUACUGGUGGGUGCGUCCUGUGGUGAAGUGGCUGCUGCGGCGAACCACUGGGCUGUGUGAGCUGCAGCGGGUGUGUUAUGGCGAACAGCGAGGGGCACAGCGCACACAGGGAGUCGAGUUCUCCCUGGAGCACAGCCGCACCCCUGAGAUCCAGAAGUGUAUGAAGUACAUCGAUGGCAAGUGUCAGGAGCGCUCGCUGAACCAGGAGCUCAUCUACUACGUGGUGUUCGCCAUUGUCAAGAUAAAGAAGAUCAACACACAGGCUCACAAAGGGUUCUCGGAGGUGCUGGGGCAGUGCUUGACGCAGAUCUGGGUCCGACAGCUACGGGCGGAGGUGGAGGCCAAGCGGAGGGAGACAUAUGACCCAGCUAACCCUCAGCACGAAGAGAAGCUCAAGGCAUUGUGGGAACUCAUGAUGCCGGACACACAGCUGGAGGCCAGAGUGACCAAGCAGUGGCAGAUGAUUGGCUUCCAGGGAGACGACCCACAGACUGACUUCAGGGGGAUGGGUGUCCUGGGCCUGGAGAACUUGCUGUGAGUUCUUGCAGAGCACCACACCAGCGCAGCGCGGCACGUGUUGGCGCGGUCACUGCAUCCUACCUGGGGGUAUUCAUUUGCUAUAGUGGGCAUCAACAUCACACACCUCGCCUACAGCCUCCUGCAGUCCGGCGCCGCCAAAACACACUUCUACAACGCCUCCAAACGCUUCCUGGAGCUGCGGGCGUUCCACCAAUUCUACUGCCACCUCUUCUUUGCCUUCGAUGAGAUGUGGCGCCAGGAGAAGCAAGACAUCAUGGAGUUUUCUCGCAUCAGGGACAAGUUUGAGGCGCAAGUCAAGCUUAAACUGAAGAACCCAUUAGCGUUUUUCAAGUGUAAUUUUGUGCUGGAGAAUGUAUAGUGUGUGUGUGUGUGUGUGUGUGUGUGUGUGUGUGUGUGUGUGUGUGUGUGUGUGUGUGUGUGUUUCUUUGCAGGAAUGUAAGGAAGAGAGAUUUUACAGUUUAGUUUUGAUUUUGUGUUUCCAAGGCAGUGUUACCUCGAAUUGGUUAUCAGGUGUCUGUUUCUCUGUCUGUCUGUCUCCAUGCCAUGGUGGCACAGACAAGGCACCACACACACACACACACACACACACACACACACACACACACACACACACACACACACACACACACACACAC